GAUGGACCAGUCUGUGUGCGCAGGUGUUGGAAACAUCUAUCGCACGGAAAUUUUGUACGAAGCUGCCAUCCAUCCCAAUCAGCCGGCUAAUACGUUGACGAAGGCAGAGGUGCUGAAGCUCUGGAACACGGCCGUGAAGCAGAUGCAAGCAGGCUACAAGUCGGGUUCCAUAUGGGGCGCCAAGGCAAGUUCGUUCUGCUACGACAAGAAGCAGUCGGCCUGCGGCGGGAAGGUAAAGCACUGGAAGAUGGGAGGCAGAAGCGUCUACGCGUGUCAGAAGCGUCAGCGCUUGGAAGCUCGAAAGGCUCCAAAAGAAGCGAAAGCCCCAUCGCUGCGGCGAUCUGGCACGCUGCACGUGGACGGCGUCGUCUCGGCCGUCAAG